AUGCCUCCUAUCCCGUAUCGUACAUAUGUCAAGGGCCAUCCUGGUUCCACCAAGGAGGAGAUUGAGAAUGAGCCAGACUGGAGCACAGCGAAACAUCACAUCGGCUUCAGAAAUCGCCAUGACCGCGUACCAGGACUCGUGCACAGUGGAGAUGAUUCAGAUAGCGAGGACAGUCAGGACUCUUUUUUGAAGGAAGCCGCGGAGGAAUCAGCCGAGCUUCAACAGGAGAUCAAAUCCCACAAGCUGAUCAAUUUUCGCGAAGCAAAGCAGAAGCAAGAAGAUUCCUACCUCGAGAAGCCACAAGCACAUCCAAAUGGUUGGCGAUACCGCCUCAAUGAAUCCGAAGAAUUCAUCAAAAACAAGCAACCAUGGCCUGCCAAUUUAAAUCGUCAGAAGCAGAAAGAAGAAAAAGAGGCAGAGGAGAAAGAGAAGAAAGAGCAAGAAGAGAGACAAGAACAAGAGCACGAAUGGAAAUACAGUCAAAACCACCGUCAAAGACACAACGAUGCUUAUGCGUCAAGUGGCGGCCAAGAUCAGCCCAAAGAGGAUAGCAACCAAAAAGAUAAUAAGGCAAGUGACGAUAAGACACAAGACGACUCUCAGCAGAAAGAUACCGACAAGCAGAAAGAGGCUGAACACAAGUCUGAGUACGAAAAGCUCCGCGAAAAGUACAGUGUUCAAGAGAUUGCCCUUCUUAGGAGUUUGCAAGAGGAGAAGAGAAUCGUGGAAUCUAUCAAGCAGAGUGACGGCAAGAUGAGAUCUCCAUGGGCAGACUACAAGCCUUCAGAUGUCAUCGACGAUGCUGAUCGUGCCAGUCCCGACAACUGGAUACCGAGAAACGCAAACAUGAUUCGUCUGACUGGGAAACAUCCUCUCAACUGCGAAUACCCACUGGCUGAUUUGUUCGAGACUGGACUGAUUACUCCAAACCGUCUGCAUUACGUGAGAAAUCAUGGACCUGUGCCACAUCUGCUUUGGGAGACACACAAGCUGGAUAUCGAGAACGGCAAAUGCACAUUCACCAUGGACGAUAUCGCAACCAAAUUCGACAGUGUCAACAUAGCAGUUGCUCUUGCUUGCGACGGUAACAGACGCAAAGAGCUCAACAUGGUCAAACGCUCGAAAGGAUUCAACUGGGGUGCUGGAGCCAUCAGUAAUGCGUUUUGGAAAGGCGCUCUGCUUUCUGACGUCCUGAAAGCUGCUGGUGUUGAUUAUCCUACUAAUGGCUCUGGGAAAAGAAGAUGGGUCAACUUCGCAGGUGCCGAUGAGCCUUCCGAGGGUACUUAUGAGACUUGCAUACCCUACGAAUAUGCUAUGGAUCCUGUCAACGACGUUCUGCUGGCUUACGAGAUGAAUGAUGUCAAAUUGCCCCCAGAUCACGGAUAUCCUUUGCGUUGCAUUAUCCCUGGAUAUGUUGGUGGUAGACAGGUGAAGUGGUUGAGCAAGAUCUGGUUCAGCGAAAAGGAGAAUGACAGCCACUAUCACAUUUGGGAUAACAGAGUACUGCCUGCAUUCGUCACUGAGAAAGAUGGAGAGUUCGCCGAGACCCUCUUCCGUCAUCCUGACACAGCAUGUAAUGAGCAGAACCUAAACUCGGUCAUCGCGAAGCCAGGCCACGGCGAACGCAUCGAGCUCUCCGAUGUCAAAAAAGGUCACACCUAUCGCAUCGCAGGCUAUGCAUAUGACGGCGGUGGUCAUGAGGUACAGCGAGUAGAAGUCAGUCUUGACAAUGGUGCAACGUGGCUAUACUGUAUUAGACAAUUCCCUGAAGCACCUGUCAGACACGGUCAUAAAUACUGGACGUGGAUUCACUGGUACAUUGAUGUUGAACUUGCUCAUCUGCUUAGAUCCCCGAGCGUCAUCGUGCGCUGCUUCAAUGUCUUCAAAAAUACUCAGCCUGAGGUCGGAUCUUGGAAUGUAAUGGGCAUGAUGAAUAAUGGUUGGUACGAAGUCAAGCCUGAGAUCGCCGAAGGCAAAGAUGGUGCUCUCGAAGUCCUCUUCCGCCAUCCGGUCGAGCCAGGCACAGCGACCGGUGGAUGGGUAGAGCCCAGCGCCGACGAGAAGAUCGCCAGUGCAAAGCAGAGCUCCGAUACACCGCAGAAGCAAUUCACUAGAGAGGAGAUCGAAAAACACAACUCAGAAGAUGACUGCUGGAUUGUGGUUGAUGGCAAUGUGUACGAUGCGACAUCAGUUCUUGAGUGGCAUCCUGGCGGCAAAGCAACCAUUACGAAUCAUGCUGGAAAACUCAGUCAAGAGACAUCUGAGAGCUUCGAGUCGAUUCAUGAUGGUUAUGCUUACAAGAAGCUUGCUGAAUGUAUCCUUGGAACAGUCACAGACAAAGCAAAAGCACACAUGAAGAAGGAAGCAGAAGAAGCCGCAAAGGCAAAGGCGGAAGCUUCAAACGAGAAAUCCAACUUUGUUCUUUCUAUGCAACAAUGGUAUCCUGUAACGCUCCUCAAGAGAAAGGAGAUCUCAGAAGACACACGUAGCUAUACCUUUGGUCUCGGCGACAAGUCUAAGAAGCUCGGUAUCGGGACUUGUCAGCACCUUCAGAUCGGCUUCCACAUGCAAGACAAGAUGCUUGUUCGCUCAUACACCCCUACCGCUCCCAUAAUUGGCGCAGACACGGAAGACGGCACCUUUGAGCUCGUGGUCAAAACGUACUUUCCCACCGACGAUCAACCCGGUGGUGCUUUAUCCAACAUCCUCGACUGCAUGGAGCCCGGUGAAGAAGUCGAGAUCCGCGGUCCCACAGGCGACAUUGAAUACCUCGGCAACGGCAAAUUCAAAAUUUUCAACGAAGAGCAAGAAUUCGGCAACAUCACCCUCAUUCUCGGAGGUUCAGGUAUAACGCCUGGGUAUCAACUAAUUGCCAGAAUUCUUGCCACUGAUGAAGACAAGACGAAAAUCAGAGUCAUCGAUGCCAAUAAAGACGAGAAAUCAAUCUUGUUGCACGAGGACCUUGAUGAGUUUGCUAAGGAUCACAAGGAUAGGUUUGAGAUACAACAUAUUCUUAGUCAUCCUUCUGACGGCUGGAAGGGAGAAAGUGGACAUGUGGACGAGGAAAAGAUCAAGAAAUAUGGAUAUGCGCCAGAGAAGGAAAGUGGGAAGAAGAAUGUUGUGUUUUUGUGUGGGCCGCCUGCAAUGAUUCAGAAGGCUGCUAUGCCCGCUUUGAGAGAUUGGGGAUAUGAGGAAGGUAAAGAUAUGUUCGGAUUCUAA